AUGGGUAUUCCUCAAAAGUCAACCAAGACCAAGACCAGAAGAAGAUUGAGAGAUCUCGAUCAAAUUUCUGCCGAUAUUCGUUCCCCAAAACAUCUUGCGCAACAUAAAAAUUCAAAAGCCGCAGAGGAUUUGCCAGGCUUGGGAAAAUGGUAUUGCAUUGAGUGCGCAAAAUGGUACGAAUCAGAGAAUAGUAUGCUCUCGCAUCUCAAGGGUAAACCUCACAAGAGAAGAGUCAAGGCAUUGAAGGAAGGACCGUAUACACAAAGAGAUGCUGAGGCAGCUAUUGGCCAAGGACCUGCAGAUAAUGGCAAGAGAAAUACGGCUCUGGAUGUGGAGGUAGAGAUGGAAAACUCCGGAAUUAUCGACGACCAGGAAACCUGA